AUCAAGACUACCACCUUAGUGACGAGCCCUCGAUUUUUCAGGGUUUUAAUUACGAGAAAUCUGAUAUUGCAGUUCCUGAAACCCAGAACCACAAUACGGAUAAGUCUGGAUUUAACCAAUAUCGUGAUAAAUGA